GCAAAACUCGUGUUGCCUUCAACGGACACACCUUCAACUGUUUCGAAUGUCUUUUCUUACACGACUAAGAAUCUCAUAUUUUUGUAAAUAAUAAAUAUUAUAUUACCUAGACCUAUAUAAUCGUGAAAUGUAUUGGACUAUCUACUUAUGAACUAUUAUAAUCUACUUCAAGACAUCGGCGGAAUUUCAGAAGUCUUUUCGGACAAAUAUACGUCAAGAUUCAUGCAUUGAGAGGGAGAUGCACUAUUCAUGGCAGUCGGGAGACAGACGAGAUUGAGCUUUUGUGUCCUUCCUUGUUAAGCAACAAUUUACAAAAAGAUGUCUUCUCAUGGAGGUAUUCCCGAUGAGCUUCUCUGUAAGCUAGCUGAACACAUCGAGACAGGUGAGCAGAUGGAGGCCUUGGCACGAACGCUCGGAUUCGAAAAUGCAGCCAUCAAUAGAUACAUAGAAACUAACAGACUGGAAGGACGGAUCACGUGUAAGGGAACACGUGACAUGCUGUUUGACUGGAGACAGACCACUAGGCCAUCCAAUCAACAUCCUAGGCUGAAACAAGCUCUCAAUGAUUCUAAUCUAAUCAUGCUUGCUGAAACUUAUCUCAAUGACACAUUAGCAAACCAAGAUACAUACAGUGAGAAGAUUUCGGAAUCUCUGACUGUUCGAAAAUGUCGAACAAUCUUGGAGGACAAAUAUUCGAAUCAGCUAUGUAAAAUUCAAAUGAAACCUUGGGACAAAGAUGAUUAUGCAAAGUUUGAAGAAAUGCACACCGUUGUUACCAUGGUAAAAAAGGAUGCUCGUGGAAGAGAUAUUAAGGAAAAACAAAUACUUCAAGGCUCUGUUGGGAAAAUAUUUUCAGCCAAAGUAGAUGGAAGGUUUCCAUCUCGAAUCCUUAUUUCGGCACCAGCUGGACGAGGAAAGACGACAGCUGUCGCUAAGAUGGCGUACGACUGGGUUCACAGAGAGGAAGGGUCAGGAUUAGAAGACUUGCCACUUCUGUUCGUAGUCAAGUUUCGAAACACAAGUCACAGUACAUCGAUUGGAGAAGCUAUCAUAUCACAACUCCUGAGUGACGUUGACGAUCUGACGCCAGAGGGGAUAGAGAGUUUCAUCAGACAGCAUCAGGGAAUGUGUCACAUUGUACUAGAUGGGCUCGAUGAGUAUGCUGGUAUCUCUUCCUCAAGCAAUAUCAUGAGAAUUCUCCGCUGGGAAAUGUUUCCACAAUGUCGUGUUAUUGUAACAACACGACCUCACCUAGAAGACAUUUUUAGUCAAGGGGAUCUACCAAGGGUGUACACAAAGAUGGAGAUCGAAGGGUUCUCGCGGGAGAACGCACGCGAUUACGCUGACAGGUUCUUUACUUCUGUUCAGAAACCUAUGAAAGCGGACAGUCUGAAAGUUUACCUCGAUGGACAACCCCUUAUUGAGGAAUUAGUAAAAACUCCGCUAUUUUGCCUCAUGGUCUGUCACUUGUGGUCUGAAGAUCUACUACAGAGUGAGAUUACAACUCAAACAGCGUUACUCGACCAAGUUAACGUAUUCUUAAUGCUCCACGCAAAUGCCCGGACACCUGGCUUGAUAAAAACUCCCAAACAACUAAACAAAAUAAUACUGAAACUGGGAGAAAUUGCUCUCACUGGUCUGCUCAAUGAUGCUAAGAAGUUAGUUUUCUCGUCUUGUGAUUUUCAGAGAGUUCCCUCUAUUCUUGAUAUGGCAUGCGCCCUAGGAAUAGUAUCAAAGACUGUUGUUUCAACCAGACACCUUCCACAACUUGACGAAGCAUUUUCGACUACCAUAACUACUGUUGAGUUUUAUCACAAACUUGCUCAAGAACAUGCAGCAGGAAAGUAUCUUGCUGAUGAAACAAACCGCUUUCUUUUCUUGUUGAAGUUCAGUAAGUUAGACCGGGUACUGCGAGAUAUUAAAACAAGCAUUGGAGAAUAUGAAAAUCUUAUUCGAUUUGCUUCUGGUACGAAAAGCAAUCUCUGCACUAGAAUAAUGGAGAGCGUCCUUACAAAUACUUAUUUAUCUGAGAGUGAGCGAUAUCGUAUUCUCCUAGAUUGUUCUUCAGAGUCUGGGGUCAACGAUGGGAAUGUGUCAUCAUUGGUACGAAGAUGUGUGACGUCACAGCGUAUGGUCUUAAAGUCACCAACAGUGUAUACUUUUGUUGGGAUGCAAAAUCUUCCACGUGAGCUGAAACAGAAGGUUAGUAGUGUACAAUUCGAGCAGUCCAUCAUGACAGCCGCUGUGACAGAUGGACUAUGGGUCUGUCUUAAAUCAUUCCCGAUGCUAACUUCUCUAACCAUCUCAGACUCAUCUAUCGAUUUCACUCCAUCUCCUCCUGAGCUACCAUCCAUCAGAAGUCUAUCAGUUGAGGGAGUGACGUCACAGUGCUAUAAAGGUCUGAUCUCAACGCUCCCUGGCAUGGUAUAUAUCGAUGUAACUAUCGAUGAUUUAGAGGAGGACAUAGCCCAUAUCGUAUCUGUCCUCCGUCGGACAGGGGGACAGAAGCUCGAACGAAUAAUUAUACGCAAAACUUCGUCAUCAUUCCCGUCACGGAAGAGUCCUUUCCAGAAUGAGACAGAGGGAGGACCGAGGCUGCUUUUCGUCAAAAAUAGUUUGGGCCCGAACAUGCUUAAAUUGCACAACCAUGACAACGCUCUACAUCCGGAAAAGAAAGGUCCUGUUGAAGUCCUCGAGUCGUUUGCAUUCUUGGCAUCAUUGGCUCAACUGAAACUAGAAUUUCUUGAUGGUUGGUCUUUCAACUUCGAAACGUCGUUUAGGGUAGAGAUAACCAAAUGCCAUCUGUCUCCUGAGAUGACGACGAGAGUGUGGUCCUGUCUGAGAUCGUUCACCUCACUGAACCAUCUCAACAUCUCAGACUCAUCUAUCAGUUUCUCCUCAUCUCCUCCUGAGCUACCAUCCAUCACAGAUAUAUCAACUAAGAGAGUGACGUCACAAUGCUAUGAAAGGUUAAUCUCAUCACUCCCUGCUUUGGUAUAUAUCGAUAUCAUUAUCGAUGAGGCAGAGGGAGACAUAGCCGAUAUCACGGCUGGUCUUCGUCGGACUGGAGGACGGAAGCUCACACGCAUUGACCUUCACACUCCGUACUCACUCCCAUCAGAGAAGAAGACCGUUUCAAGCAAGACAAUGAGAGGACUGGGUCUGCUCAUCAAGGAACAUACCAAGAACCUGGAGUAUCUCAUUCUGAAAAGGGUGAAGUGCACAGACGAGGAUGACUUGGUUUAUCUCAUUGAAUGCUGCAGACAUGUGAAGACGAUGGAGCGCGUAAUACUCUGGACAUGUGGGACGAUGUCAAAUGGUAAGGUGGCUUCUUACCUCGAGCGCAUUUACGGUCAAUCAUCCAACGGUCUCUACGUGCGUGUUUCCCAUGGUGGUGGAGAGUCUUUAGACGCAUAUGUACCUCGUUUCCCACAAUGAUUGAACGAUGAGCAUGAUGAGAGUAAAGCUGACUCCUACGUGUGCUAUAAGCAUCUAAUGCGAACGAUUUUAUCGUACCACGCUAUGGAAUGGAUUAGU